AUGCGAAAUGCAUGUGGCUGCCCCGUAACAGCAUCUUUUGUAUCAUUAAAUAAUGAUCAGAAGCAAUGGUUAUUUGCUGUUUUUAACGUUUCAAGAUUUUUAUGUGCGAAUGGUCUCGCGUUCCGUGGUUCUGAUGAAUCCGAUAUUGACACAGGAGAUGGCUUGUUUUUAAGAGCUUUUUCUCAACUUCUGUUUCCGCUGGAAGAAAAAUGGGGGAAAAUUCACAAGAAUCUUCCAAAAAACGCUAAGUACACUUCCCAUGACAUACAGAAUGAAGUCAUCGAAGUCUUAGCUUCCUUAGUGAAGACCAAAAUCGCCGAAGACGUGCGAAAGGCAGAACUGUUCACAAUCAUAGCAGAUGGCACAACUGACAAGAACAGGAAAGAGAUUCAAGGUAUCGUUUGUCGGUAUUUAUCGUCGGACGGGAAUGUUAAGGAACGAUGUAUUAACGUCAAGGGAAUCGAUGAUCGCUCAGCUAAAGGUAUUUUCAAAUUCAUCAAAGAAGCUUUGGUACAAUUUAACAUUUCAGUUGACGGCCUUGUGUCACAAUCCUUCGAUGGGGCAAGCGUGAUGUCAGGCGACUACGGCGGCUUGCAGAGGUUAAUUAGUGAUUUUUGCGAUCGGAAUGUGUUAUAUGUACACUGCUUUCUCCACAAAAUCCACCUGGUUGUCAGCUUUCCCAUGCAAAAUCUUGACGAAGUAAAGGAAUAUUUUGAUACUACAGCAGCCCUGUACAAGUUCUUUAAGAAGUCAGCUGUGUUAGAAUCGUAUAACGGCACUGCAUUGAAACGGCUUAUUGAGACGCGAUGGUCUGGUCACUUUGAAAGUACCAGCCAUGUGCACAAAAAUUAUGGCGAUUUGAUCCAAGCGCUUAUGGUGGCAUCAAAAAAUAAGAAGUUAUCUGGUGAAGAUCGAGCACAGGCAACAGGGCUCCUUAGCCUAAUGGAAGAUAAUGAAGACCACGUGUUUGUCUUCAUAACUUGUAUGUUGAUGGAUGUGUUGAAACCUAUUGAUAUUGUUGUUAAACAAUUACAAUCCCCGGACGAAAAUCUUAUUUCAGCAUUGCACGUGGUCAACGCCGUCAAAGACGACAUCAAAUCGAAACGCGAAAAUAAUACUUCGAAUGAGAAAGUUAAAAAGAUGGUUGAUGAUUUCUUAGAAAGUGUGAGAAUCACGUCAACCGACGGCGUGCAAGUGCAACGCAGACCUACAAGAAAUACUGCUGUUCCCUCUCGUUUUGAUGAUUUUUUAAUAACUGACCGUAUCCCGAGCGCAAACAACAGUCGCACCAACUGUCAAAUUUUUGUCGAGUGCUUAGAUUUGCUGGAUGCGGAAUUCCUCCGAAGAUUUUCUGAAGAAAACAUCGCACUAUGGGAAGCCAUGCUGGCCUUAUCGCCGUCGUCAGAUAAUUAUCUUGACUAUGAUGCUCUCAUACCCUUAUUUGAGUACGCGGUCAAUAUUCCAGUGAUAAGAGAUUUCUAUCAAAAAGAAAAAUUAUCACGCGAAGAUUUAGAAGCUGAGUGCCGAAUUUUUUCUCGUGUUUUUAAAGACAAAGAAUGGCCCAAGAAUGCAGCUGACAAAGUUGAUUUGAGCGAGGUCGCUAACAUUGUCAUAAAGGAACACCAGAAGGGAGCUCCUGUACUAUCUUCGUUGUACAAAGUAGCUAUCACUGCUGGUUUCACAUCAAUGAGGGUUGAAUGUGUUUUUUCAUCCCUUACAAGAGUUGAUUCCCCUCAGCGGAGGUCGAUGAAAACAGAAAGAGAAGCAAAUCUAGCUUAUCUAAGUUUUGAAAGCGAAGUUCUGAUAAAUGACAUUACCUUUGACGAUUUUUACAAAGCUUGGAACUUGAAACCAAGAGCAUUGUCGUUGUAA